AUGUCUGAAGACAAAGAAGUUCACUCCUACCUGAGCUCUCUGUUCGCUGUCCCCACCAACCCUGAAAGUUAUGGGCCUGGCAAUUCCACUGUGCGAUCCUGCAUCCCUAUAGAAGUCCUGGAUGGGGAGGAGCGCACUGUGGAUGUAGAGCCAAGGAGAACAGUGAACAGAAUACGUCGAAAUCAUGUUUCCGACGCAGAUCUGGAAACUGCAGUGAUCUCUUCAAUUCAUCAGACAGGCCCGUCAUAUGGACGAAAGUUUAUGACUGGAUAUUUGACGUCCAUUGGAGUACGUGCUGGUGAACGCCGAGUGGGGAGAGUAUUGAGAGAGGUGCACCAGCCUUACCACAAUUUGCGACAACGUGGUGCUCGGAACUUGAAUCCCAUCCCCUACCAUGCAGAAUACAUGGGACACAAGAUUCACCUGGACCAGAAUGAAAAGUUGGUGAUGUUUGGUGUCACCCAUGUUGUGGCAGUGGAUGGCUACAGCUCAAAAAUUGUUGCAUAUGCCACAAUGCCUGUUAAAAAUAACCUCACUAUUUAUGAAGAAGUGUACAGACCUGCAGUGGCGACACAUGGUAUGUGGGAUCAAGUGCGUGUGGACCAUGGGAAGGAGUUUUACCUAUGCCUGUAUAUGCAGGAAAUCCUUUCCAAAUACCGCUUCAAUGUUAGUCGGCAGCCCUAUGCCCAGACUACGUCAACCAAGAAUCUUAGGGUAGAGCGAAUUUGGCCGGAGCCAGAUUGGCUUACAGCGAGUUGUAAAUGCAUGGAAUGCACACAGGAUUCCAGGACGAGGAGUACCUAA